AUGUCAAAACGAGAUCGGUCAUCUCGCGAGCAAGAGGAUGAACAAGAAGGAACUUUGUCUUCGGAAGAAGAAAUUUUUGAUGAUACACCAACAUUGAUGAAAAAUGAUUUUUCAAUGGAAAGGAAGAAGAAAAAAGUAAAACAAGCACCACCCUUUAAUCUUGUCAAAAUUACGCAAGAUUACGAUCAAUCACAUUAUAAAUGUGUUCAACUAGGAAAUGAUUAUGAUUCAUAUAUGUUAUUUUCGGCCAACAAAACGCCAACCAAAGAGAUUAAAGAAGUGAUAUUCAUGAUGGAAACAUUUCUACUUAUUAGAACAGUUGAAAAUAGAAUAUUUUACAUGGAUGAAAUGAUUGCACAUGGAGAGGUGGAUUGCAGCAAGAUCAUUGAUAAGAGUUCAAUUUUGAAACUUGUGGCAACCUCUUCAUCUGCCUAUUUACUAACAAAGAGCGGAAUUUAUGUGUAUGCUCGUGGUACUCAUUCAUUUGAACCUUCCUUUUCAAUUGAAAAUCAUGAUGAGGAGUUUGUUGAUAUUUCAGCAUCUUUUGUUGAUAACUUACUGAUUCUAACAAGUGAGAAUAGAAUUUUAACAACUGGUUGGAAUAAGUUUGGAAUGUUGGGAGAUGGCACAACCAAAAGCAAAUAUCACUCAUUAGUUAAUCCUGAAACAAGUCAUACUCAUCGUGUAAAGAUUAUAGUGAGUGGAUCAUGCUUUAGUCUUUACACAAGUGGCAGCUCUUUAUUUGCAUGUGGAGAAUUGUAUAAUAUUGGAAGUUCUGCAUGUGUCUCCAAGUUUGAAAGACAAUCUCAUUUCAAAUUCGAAGCGUCAGAUGUGGAACAGAUCAUUGCCAAACCUUUAUUUACCUGUUUUUGGACGAAACAACAUGAUUUACAUAUUUACGGAAGGGGAUUUUAUACCAAACUCAAUCUUAAUCAAAAUAUUUACUCAAUAGCUGUGCUUUACACCAACAUAUUCUGCUCAUAUAAGAAUGGAAAUGAAAUAACACAAACAAGACAUGAACAUGUUUCAAAUGGAGAGUUUACAACAGAGGUUGUGACUGGAAAGUAUAAUGUCAAGUGGUUCAAUUCUGUUUGUGUUGGUUCCAACUCAAUGUUGCUGUUUUUCACAAAACCACAGGAGGAGUCAAUAUUUAAAAAAGUAAUUACCAAUUUUUUUGACAUCAUAGUCGAUUCUUCAUGA